AUGAUGUUGUCUACUUCGUGGAGAUCAACAGGAAACCUAACUAGAAGUCUUCCAUUAAGGAUCAACCGAUUCUACAAAGUGCUUGCGAUUGAAACCUCAUGCGAUGAUACCUGUGUGUCAAUCCUGGAUAGAUUUGCAGAAACUCAACCACCAAGGGUGUUGGUUAAUCUGAAGAGCACACUAAACAGCUCAGAAUAUGGUGGUAUUAUCCCAACUAUGGCACAUGAACACCAUCAGAUGAAAAUAGGUUCACUAGUACAAGAAGCUUUAACUGCACACAAAUGUACUUCUCCUAAAGAAAACCCAUCAAUCGAUCUGAUUUGUGUUACCAGAGGACCAGGCAUGACAGGAUCACUAUCGGCGGGACUGACAUUUGCCAAAGGUUUAUCCGUUGGCCUGAAUAAGCCGCUCAUUGGCGUUCACCAUAUGCUUGGGCAUCUUCUUAUACCGAGAAUGGCAAGCAAUGGUUCUGCACCAGAGUACCCUUUUAUUAGCUUACUCGUCAGUGGUGGCCACAGUAUGCUGGUUUUAUCAGAGAGCAUUGACAAACAUGAGAUACUCUGCAAUACGUUAGAUAUUGCCAUCGGCGAUUCUCUUGAUAAAUGUGGCCGCGAACUGGGAUUCAAAGGAAAUAUGAUUGCAAAAGAAAUGGAUGCCUUUAUAAAUGAAGAUAAAAAUGAUGUGGAUCACAAUUGCAUAUUAGAGAAACUUCCGAAUCCGUUGCAUGGACCUAAUAACGCCCAUGUACAAGCAUUUUCAUUUUCCCCAUUUGUCUCAGUUAUAAAAGACAACAUACAAAACUACAAUAAUCUAACUGACGCCCAGUUAAGGAGUAUGUCAAUUCAGAUACAAAAUGCUGUCUUCAAGCAUCUGAUAACGAAGAUACAAUAUGUAGUGAAGAAAAAUGCUGAUAAAUUAAAAAACGUAACAGGUUUUGUUUGCUCUGGUGGAGUUAGUGGCAAUCCGACCUUGAGAGAAACCUUAGAAAGAGAAUUAGCGUCGAGGUUCCAAAACUUUUACUAUCCAAGAAAUGAUCUCUGUACCGAUAAUUCGAUUAUGAUAGGCUGGGCAGGAAUAGAAAUUUAUGAAAAGUUAGGACUAAUUAGUGAUUAUUCCAUAACACCGAUACGCCAAUGGCCAAUGAACGAGCUCUUAACGGUUUCUGGUUGGAAGAAGAGAAUAUUGUAG